AUGAAUGAGGAAGCCUUUUCUAUUGAUGUGUUACAUGAUGAACAAAAGAAGUCACGAAAAUCAUCACCACAUAAUUGUAGUCCUAUUAGUAUGAUGAAAAUCUCACCGAAUGGAAAUUAUAUCGUCACUUACAGUAAAGACGACAAAACAAUCGUCGGAUGGAAUGUUGAAGAUAAAAAUAUAAUAGAUGGCGAGCAUAUAGAAGUUAACCAUGUGUUCCAUAUGUGUGUGUCUGAUGAAAGGAUACUAGCGUAUAUUAACAACAAAUAUGAAAUUAUAAUCUUUGAUAUGAAUAAUAAACAACCUCAAGAAGUCAAAUUGUAUUUUGAAUUUGAUGCAAUGGAGGUACGAUUUUGUGAAUUUAACGAAGCUAAAAAUAAAUCAACACGACCUAAAAAAAGUGAAUGUCAAACGAUUUAUAAAAUACCUAAAGAAGCGGAGAUCGUAAGCAUAUCAAAGCAUAAUAAAAUUUGGCUGCGUUUAGAUCAUAAUCUAUAUGAAUGGAAUCUUCGUACUGGUCAUACUACAAUUAUAUUAAAAAAUAUAUAUGAGAUUAAAACAAAAGAUAUUAGAAUCUCUUAUAAUAAAGAACUUACUUGUCUGAAAAUGAACGAUGACAAAAUUAUCAUUCAUUCAAAUAAACUUGGAUUUUCUACUACGUCAAUUGAUUUAAAUAAUGAUAAACUACUAUGUGAUUUUAUGAAUCAUCAUCAUUGCUUAUUACUUUCAUUAUUUGAUUAUCCUUUGAUUUGGAAUUCUAAAACUAAAUCCCAUGAAGUUUGCUUCAAGAAAAAUAAUCAAUUAAACAAAAUUGAGUUGCCGAGCAAAUUUUAUGAUUCUGAGUCAAAAAACUAUAGAUAUGUAAUUGUAGACGGACAUGUUCGUAGAAUUGAAUUUAACGCCGAAUUAUCUAAUCAGCAAGAUGGUUUUUUAAGAAAAUAUAAAUUAGAUAAAGGUUCUAUUAUAUGGAAAAUUAAAAUUGAAGGAAUACAGAAGUUUAAAAUCGAGGAAAAUCUUAAUAAUAAAGAUAUCAUUACAGAUGAUAGUUAUAUGCGUAUGAAUAAAUUUAAAAAUUACGCAGAAUCAUUUAUUAAGUAUAUUAAGAAAAUUAAAUUAGACAAUGAUCUUGUUAAACUUAAAAAAUUUGCAAAGAAUUUUGUUGAUGAGACAUGGAUAACUGAAACUGAAGAAGUAUACUUAAAUUUUAUUAAAUGGAUAAUUAAUUUUGAAGAUAAAGAGAUUGAUCAUAGUAAAUGGAAAAAUAAAAUUGGAGAAUUAAUGAAAGGUUUUAUUAAAAGGAUAACUAAAAUUGAAAAGUUAACGAAAGAUUCUGAUAAAUUUACAAUUAAGAUUACAGAAAAUUAUUUGCAUAUUAAUGAAGAUUUGAUUCAUUUAUUUGGUGCAGAUAGAUAUUUAAGGGAUGGAGAUAACAAAGAGGGCCAAAAUAGUUUACAAGAUAUCAAGAAAUUUGCUUGCAAAUCAUUAAAUGAUAAUAAUAUUAUUAUAUUAACAGAAAUUGGCAUUUUUGUUUUCAAAUUAAAUAAUAGUGAAAAGUUAAUUUCUUUGAAUUAUUUUUAUCAUAUGUACCAACCGGAGCAAAUUAUUGAAAAUAUCAGUAAAAUGCCUGGAUACCCAAAAGAUGAUAAAGAUAGCAGUGGUUAUGAUGAAUUAAUUAAUGGAUGGGUUUCAUUUGUUCAAGUGAAUAAUGAAGAAUUUUUAAAAUAUGGUUCAGCAUUAUUAAUGUUUGCAAUUAAGGUACACGACUCAGACUUAAUAGAUGAUAUAUAUCAUAAGUGUUUAAAUCUUUUUAAUCAAGAAAACAAUAAAGCGUUUUUAAGUAUUUUUAAUGCAUCAAUGCCAUUAUUGAAUAAAUACUAUCCUGAAUAUAUUGCAAGAUAUUCAUCAGAUACAAACAUGUUAAUAGAUUCUCUUGAAUAUAAAGUCGAACAUCUUGCUACUUUUCAUCUUUAUCCUUUUUCCAAUAUUGAAAUAGUCGAUUUAACGCCUUCUAUUUUUUGGACAAAAUAUACCAUUCAAGUGAAUGAUAUGCGUUAUUAUAGAGAUUCGAAUGCCUUGUCCAACUGGGAAUAUAAAAAUAAUCCACCUCUUACUAUACUAAUGGUUUUAUUCUCUUUAUUAAUUGCUGUGUAUCUUAUGAACUUGUUGAUCGGAUUACUCAGUAAUGCUAUUGAGGAAGAUAAUAAUCGAGUUUCAUAUUAUCACGCCGAUGUUGAUGAGACACGUAGAGAAAUCAAUGAACUAAUUAAAGAUGGUGAAUGGAAUUUCGAUGAUUUUUCAGGAACGAAGCAAAACUUGUUAAAUAAGCUAAGAAUUCUAAAUAAGCAAGACAUUCAAAAGUUAGAUGCAAUUAAGAAACAAUUAGAUGAAAUCCAGGAAGCAUUUAGUUCAAAA